AAUUUUGUUCAUGGAAGGGCAAGUUCUUGUACUUGCUCUUGCCCAGUUUUCAGCUCGGUAGUGUAGACCUCUUGCAGGCUGUGCUGUUCUGGGUGAAUGGGUCUGGUAUGUUGUGAGUCCGAGGCUGCACCGUGGGCCAUGGGUCCAGCUAUAUUAUUCUGCGGAAAAGCCCCGAAACUUCACCUAGCUGUCCGAAUAGAAUGACAUUCCUCGUGCGCAGGAGGGCUACACUCGGACAACAUUAUUUGCUGCAUUGUGCCUAUAGUAGUAUUGAAACUGCCCAGCGAGCGCAGCAACAGAGCCAGCGCGAGUGUUGAUUAGGGAGACAAGCAACACCACUCCGGAAGGCCCACAAGGUCAUGAUGGAGUGGUAUCGUCGUCGAGCUCUGCUCCAAAAGAGUACAGUGUUCUUCUGCACCUUCAUGAUGUCUUGGUUUGCGCCGGCGACGGCUGCAAAUACGUCAGCUUUCAGUGAUUCGUGUAAGAGCUCUCCAUGUUACAACUUGCACGCUCAAUGUCUGAAAUCUCCUGAUGGGUACCGCUGUAUCUGCGGAGUGGGAUUCGAAUUCGAUGCCGAUGGUAUAUGCCAAGACACUAGUAUCGUGGAGAUGAGCACGAUUGUGUUGUCAUGCGUCGGCGGCACAGUGCUGUUGGCCGUGGUCGUGUUCGUCGUCAAGCUAGUCCUGCUGCGCCGGUCACUCCAAGCUAAAGCUGAAGCGGCCGCACGCAACGCAGCCACACGCGAACUCCCACUCCGGCCCACCGAGCGUGACUCCUUCGAGCAUGAUCGCCUGACCAGCACCUCGACCGACCUCAGCUACACGAGCAGCUCCGUCAACUACUACCCCAAGUAUGACAUGUACAACCAGGGUAUAGGCGUCGCCGAGGACGUCUUCUGCUUCAAGGAGUGCGAUCUGGUCCAUCCCGACAUGCACAUCUACAACGAAGCAAUGCCGUACCAGAGUAGCCUGGGUGUCUGGCCGGCGAGUACGACUACGACUGUGCCCACCCCGCCGCCGCUCCGCCGCCUGAAGAGCCUGCCUCGCAAGAACAACCCGCCGAAGAUGAUGUCGCAAACCAGCGUGCUGAUGUCCCAAUCCUGCACGAUGAUGCUACCACACUGCACGACGAUGCCACAGCCCAACGACUACUUCAUCGGCGACGUGCCAUUUGAAGAGUACGAAACUGCAAACGACAAUGUAUACCAACUGGAGAACAAACCCAGCGACAAAGUCCUGAUUCCGAAUUCCUUCCCGCAACGGUACCAGCACCAGAAGUUGAUGAGCGAGUUUGUUCUCAAGAAGAAAAAGUCAACCGAUGUCUGAUCUACGUCUGCAUGACACCAGUAGGCGACCAGCUAGUAUAACCAACCAAUCCCCAUCGUACCUACCUCUCAUUACUCGGCUCGGGCUGGAGACAGUCUUUCGUUUCAUGUUCGAGCUGGGUACCCCAGUAUGAUGAUUAUGUAAAUAGAGAAGAACGAAAAAACAAUCAAGAUUCUUAAUACACAGGUCAUGUGACCUGCUUCAUGCAUACAACAUACAAUGCAGGGAGUAAGUAGCGAAAUACCGGUAUUUU